CCUGUAUGCAUGCAGUGAGUGCAUUGCAUAGCAUAAGGCCACAAUGGAGAAAGUACUGCAGUGAUUACUAUUCAGUGGAGAACUAUAAGGCCACAUAUGCACCAACUUUUGCACCACUAGAUGAUAAAAGUGAAUGGGUCCAGCCAAACAUGAACAAGAAGAUCUUGAACCCUCCUCACAGUAGGAAACCAGGAAGACCCAAGAGCAAGAGGGUAAGAAGUUAUGAUGAACCUCGUGUUGAGAAGACAAAAAGGAGGUGUGGGAAAUGUGGAAAUGUUACUAACCACAACAAAAGAACAUGUGCUGGUGGUGAAGUGGGAUCUAAUCCAACUGCAAAGAGGCAAAGGACUGAAUGUGAUGCACAAAGCUUCACCUUCAGCAACAUAGAGCCAAGUCAGACCACCAGAGUUAGGGGUGCAGCUAAGUCAAACAAGAAGAAGAGAACGACAUCAUUUGUUGGUGAAUGUUUUACAGGGCCUGGCAGUCAGCCUUUGGCAACACCAUCUUCUACUCCAGCUUUCACAACACCUAUGAGUCUGCCAUCUAUAUCACCAUCUUCUACUCCACCCUCUACAAUAAAUAACCUUUAUCAGAACUUCUUUGGCAUUGGAUCUGUAUCUCAGAAUAUAAAACAAGGAAAGGGAAGGGGAAAUGGAAAGGCUAAGAAGAAAUGA